UGUGUGGGAACGGGGCCGGAUGCGGAGCAGAUUCUCUGAGGUGGGGUGUGUGUGUGUGUGUGUGUGUGGAUGUGAUCCUCUCAGACUGACGUCUCUCUGGUAGCGCAGAAGAAGAAGAAGAAGACCGCAGCCGGGUUCCUCCACACACUGAGCGCAGCCAGGCACAAGGCAGCCGCCGGCCGCAGACCGAGGACGCAGGAAGCCAAAGUUAAAGCGGGGAGGAAGCUGGAGUUUCUCAACAUGUUCAACCUGCGGAAAGCUGCGUUCAGACACGCUCAGCCAGCGACUGUUUGAUUCCUCUGGAGUGCUGCUGCUGUGCUUUUCUUUUUUUCCUCCCUCUCUCUUUAUUAAACGUCUGAUGUGAAGAACCGAACCUCUUUCCAGCUGAAACGAUGUGGACCUCUCAUGAUACUGUUGGAUUUGUUUUCCUUGCGGGAUUCUGUGUUCAGUUGGGAUUCUCCCUUGAAGGUCGCUUUACGGACCUGCCCUCCAACAUGACCGUUAAAGAGGGCCAGAACAUAGAAAUGGCGUGCGCCUUCCAGAGCAGAACUACAUCCGUGUAUUUGGAGAUCCAGUGGUGGUUCGUGAAAGCUCCGGAGCCCACGGACAGCGAGGAGGCCCUUGACGCUGAAGAGAUGGAGAUGAUACCAGAGCCUGAUCCUUAUGAUGAGGGGACAAAAAUAAGUACAGUGAAGGUCCAAGGCAAUGACAUCUCCCACAAGCUACAGAUCUCCAGAGUCAGCAAGAAUGACGAAGGACUCUAUGAGUGCCGGGUGACCAGAGCCAACUAUGGAGAGAUUGUGGAAUACAAAGCCCAAGCCUGGCUUAAGGUCAACGCCACAGCCAGGCCUCGACGGCCACUGCCCCCCGCCAAGAAGAGCUCCCCACUGCACCUGAAAGAUAAUAAGCCAAGAAAGUCCACCUCACCAUUGAGCCAAGACAACAUGAGUUCAGACCAGAGGGUGGCCUCCACAUCCACCUCCCACACAUCCUCCAAUACAGCUAAACGCAUCCCCAGCUCAGGUACAAGAAUAUUGGGCAGCUUUGGACUUGCCGUCCUGCUUCUGGUGUGUGGCUUGGUGAGGGAUGCCUUGUUAUAAUUUAAAGAACAGUCAUAAGUCUCUCCCAUAUUCUAGCUCAACUGUUGGCUUUGAAAGCAAACAGAGGGAAAAAAAGAAAAAGUAAUUGCCUGUUUUACCUCCCUUCGUAACCUGCUCACCAUGAUCCACCCCCUCUGGAGCUCCACCACGCGGACAGCACAGUUUACCCCUCAUUUCCUCCCCACUUCUGCUCUUGCACUUAGCAUAUUGUUACUAGCCACUAUAAACACCGGUCACGACUGCAGCGGAAGGAUCACCUUUUUUCUACAGACGCCAUCGGAGAAGCCGCGUGAAAAACACCUGGACUCUAUCUCAUUGGGUAACUCUCAUGGAAGAAUGACUUUCUUAUUCGAUGUUGACAUUUUCGUGUUCAUUGCUGAAAAGUAAACAAGAAAAUCAAAGAAUCUAUAUUUGUGUAGUAUAUAUGAUCCUAGAUAUAUGUCUGUUUUAUUUGAACCACAUAGAACUAAUGUAUGUGCUGUAUACAUAGCUGCUGCUGAUAUCGGCCAUGGAUCAUUGUGAAUAGGCCCUCUAGCCUCCAGGUGAGAUCAAUCUAAAAACAGUAUGUGUCAAAUUAGACGAUUGAUGUUGACCUUUGAAGUUAAAAGGUUCCUUCUGUUUCCGUUUCUCUUUCAGCCAUAUUAGCCGUCCGCAUUUCAGCUGUGCAUAAUUUUAACAUCUUGUUAGUGAUUCAUUAUAAGACGUGCAUGCUUGGGCUGAAGGUUUUAAAGCAGAGGAAAAUAUCAAACCUACACGAGGCCAAUACUUGUUACGGCGUUAUGAACUGUGUUUUUUUUUAUUUUUCUGUGCUAGCUUUGGUGUGAAAAUAAUGCCCCUCCCCCCCUUUGUCAUUUUAAUUUGUAAUGCAACCUAAGUAGGAAUAAAACAAACAAAGUCUCUA